UUUUCUCAACUCAACUCCUUUAAAUUCUCCUAAACACCCUUCUUCUCCAUUCCCGCUAUGGCCCAACAAAAGAAAAAGCUCAAAACUCUCACAAACAUUCUCAAAGACAAAGCUUCAGUAAUCUACGCAUCCCUCUCCAUCAAACGCCACGUGUCCUCCGUUCACAUCAACAUCCUCCGCGCCACUUCCCACAGCCUCUCAUCACCGCCGUCCGAAUCACAAAUCGCCGCCGUCCUCUCCAUCGGCAACACCUCUUACACGCUCCCUCGCGCAUGCAUCAACUCCCUCAUGGACCGUCUCCACGGAACCAAAAACGCUACCGUCGCAAUGAAAUGUCUCUUCACUCUCCACAACGUAAUCCUCAAAGGACCUUUCACUCUUAAAGAUCAAUUCUCUUGCUACCCUUCUUACGGUGGUCGGAAUUUUCUUAACCUCUCGACUUUUCGUGAUGACUCGGAUUUUGAAUCCGUGCAAUUAAGUUCUUGGGUUCGUUGGUAUGGUGCUGUUCUUGAACAGUUUCUAACAAUUUCAAGAAUCUUCGGUUAUUACAUGAAUUCGAAUUCUAUAAAGAAUGAUUCGGUUAUGAUGAUGAAGUUUUCGAAUGCUGAUUUGUUGUAUAAACUUGAAGGUUUAGUUGUUUUCGUCGAGAAAAUUAGCGAUGUUCCGGAAUCAUUGGAUCUUCAGAGGAAUGAACUGGUUUAUGAGAUUGUGAGAAUGGUGGGUGAAGAUUACAGAAACGUGCAGGGUGAGAUAUUGUUGAGAUUGGAAGAGCUUGGGAAGAGGAUAGAUAGAUUCGAAGAUGUGAGUGAGUUGAACGAGUUGGUGAGUUAUUUGAAGAGAUUGGAAGAGAGUAGAGAGAAACUUGUGCUUUUGUUUGUGAAUAGAAGAAAGAAUAAUGGGUUUUGGGAAAUGGUUAGAGAGAUAAAGAUGAGAGGGUUGGAGAAGAAGAAGGAGAUCGAAGGGAAGUGGCUCACGGUGGUGGUGGGUAGGAACACGGUGGUGGCGGCUGAGUUGACUCGGUGUACGAACCCGUUUCUUGAACCGGGACAAUAUUUUCCGGUCCCACAGAUGAGUUUUACAACGGUAGGAUGACGUACGGCGACGUCGUUUUACUUUUCUGUCUGUAAGAAAAUUCUUUCAACAAAGUUGAGUUUUCUUUUUUUGCUUUUGUAUUUUUUUAGUUUUUUUUUUGGAAUAAGCAUCUUCUAGUUGGAGGUGUGAUGAACUUUUUGGGGUGGGGUUUUCUAUGUUGUGUGAAUAAUUAAAGUGGAAAACUAGAUAAAGAGAUUAUAAUUUCAUCAUGUACAUAAAAAUAAAAUUUGUUUAGCAAAUUAAAAAAAAGAAAAGUAUACGUUUA